AUGCGCUUCCAGGCUCUCGGCCGUGCCUGUGCCGCUGCAGACAUCGACACUCUUCUUUUAGCUCACCAUGCAGAUGAUCAAGCAGAGACUGUACUAUCAAGGAUCCAUGCCGGAUAUUUAGGAACCGGUCUGACAGGUAUCCAACCCAAGAUGCCUAUUGCAGAAUGCCACGGAAUCUACAAGGUGUCCAGAUCCGGUACCUUACGAUACCUGGAUGGUACCAGAACCUUAACGUCUAUCUUUGUUGAGUCCGGCGGCGUCGUGCUUCACCGACCACUGCUGGGUUUUACAAAGUCGGAACUCGUUGACACUUGCAAGAUCAAUUUCGUGAAAUGGCACGAAGAUGCGACAAACGCGGACAGGACUUUGACACCGCGCAAUGCAAUUAGGCAAAUGCUCCAGGCCAAGGUUAUGCCAGCUGCAUUGACUCCUGAUCGUUUGAGGCAGCUGGCUGUAGAUAAGUGGAACAACUAUGCAUCUUGCGAAACAAAAGCUGCAGCUUACUUCGACAAUUGUCGAAUCGAAUUGGAUCUCAACCAUAGCUCUGUAUCAUUUCACAUUCAUCCGGAUAUCGAGAUGCAGUUGAGUCACGAGAAGGAUCAUCAACUGAUAGCGGCGAUACUGAUGCGCAAGUUCUUCUCUCUAGUGGAGGAUCGGAGUAAACUUGCGUUGAAAGACCUUUCCCGGGCCGUGGGAUUUGUAUUCCCAUCUACCUUUGGAAAUUGGCAACCAGUUUCAAACACUGUCCAUAUCGGCAACGUUACUCUGGUCAAAGAUCCCUCAUCCCACGAGAAUGGAGUGGAAAAGCAGAAGAAGUAUCUCAUCUUCCCACGACCAACACGAGCACCAGAGUUCCUGACCCAGACUCUUCUAAACGUCACCGAAGACAACCAUAGCACCUCCGAGGAACCUGUUUGGACGGAAACAAAGUUGUUUUAUGAUCGAUGGUGGAUAAAGCUAAGAUACAUACCAGCCAACGUUCCUGUUGGAACAUCUGUUGUGGUCAGAUUCCUAAGAAGGGGAGAAUCGGCACGGAAGGGUGGUUGGCAUGAAGAGCACAGGUUCGCUCUUAUACCAUCAGGACAAACUCGUCACACAAUCCCUGUGAUUGUGAAAAUAUCUGAUGUCAGGGAUCAAAACGGAGUUGUGAGCAAGGAAGAAAAGAUACUUGCUUUUCCCAGCAUCGGACUUGCACGUAUCGGCUGCUCACCAUUCAAAGCCAAGUGGAACAGAACGUCCGAUCCCAAAAUGCCUGAUGACAGCCUGUGGCAGUACAGCUGCGUUUACAAAGACAUUGAAUUCAAUGCCAGCGAGAAACAUACCAUCAAUUUGGUCAAGCCCCCAACCCCGACAAAGAAGGCCAGCGAGUGCUCCUCUGACUCGUCGAUGCCCUGA